CCUGGCGCCGGAGAGCGCGAGCGGCUAGGGAAUGGCUGCUGCCAUGGUGCCUGGGCGCAGCGAGAGCGGGGAGCGCGGGGAGCGCGGGGAGCCUGGCCGCCCGACCCUGUACUUCUGCGGGAGCAUUCGCGGCGGACGCGAGGACAGGACGCUGUACGAGCGGAUCGUGUCUCGGCUGCGGCGAUUCGGGACAGUGCUCACCGAGCACGUGGCGGCCGCCGAGCUGGGCGCGCGCGUGGCAAAAUCUCAGCUCACUGCCAACCUCUGCCUCCCGGGCUUGAACGAUCCUCCCACCUCAGCCCCCCAAGUAGCUGGGACCACAGGGGAAGAGGCUGCUGGGGGUGACAGGCUCAUCCAUGAGCGGGACCUGGAGUGGUUGCAGCAGGCGGACGUGGUCGUGGCAGAAGUGACACAGCCAUCCUUGGGUGUAGGCUAUGAGCUGGGCCGCGCCGUGGCCUUUAACAAGCGGAUCCUGUGCCUGUUCCGCCCACAGUCUGGCCACGACACUGCUCUAGUACCAUUCCUUCCUCUUAGCCCCAGGAGCAAAUUAAAAGGUACAGUUAAAAUCCUAACUUUCUGUCUUGUGUGAGUCAUGGGGGUGGGGCAGGUCCUCAGUAAUACCCUUUCCUGCCACACUUCACUUCAAGAUAGACGCUUUAGAAAUCUCUGGGCUGAGAGGAGGACAACUCCUAAUGCCCUCAAGCCCCCUCCUCCCCAGGAACACUUGGGAGGAGGGCCGGGCGUGGUGGCUCACACCUGUAAUCCCAGCACUUUGGGAGGCCGAGGUGGGUGGAUCACCAGGUCAGGAGAUCGAGACCAUCCUGGCUAACUCAGUGAAACCCCAUCUCUACUAAAAAUGCAAAAAAUUAGCCAGGCGUGGUGGCAGGCGCCUGUAGUCCCAGCUACUCGGGAGGCUGAGGCAGGAGAAUGGCGUGAACCCGGGAGGUGGAGCUUGCAGUGAGCCCAGAUCGUGCCACUGCACUCCAGCCUGGGCGACAGAGCGAGACUCCGUCUCAGAAAAAAAAAAAGAGUUGGGAGGAAGGUUGCUCCUGCAGGUGGCCAUCCCUCUCUCUGUCUCCUCUGAACUGGGCUGGGGCUGCACCUGGCCCUUUCCAUGCCAACCUUCACUUCCCUUUAUCAGCUUAAGUCAAAUGAGUCUGCUCUGAGCCUUCUCGGAGGAUAGAAGAGUCCGGAGGUCUAAAGGAAACAGUAAAGAUGAGGAGUGUGGGUAGAUGUGAGGCCAGGGCAGUGGCAACUGGCUGGUCCCUGGUGAAGCUGUCAGCC